AUGGACGGCCCCAGAAAGUCAUAUCCUGGCAUCACGCCCGGUCAACCGUUUGGACCAGCUGUGCCGCCUAAAGAUGUACCGCCUGUCCCCAAGAAGCGCCUCAAUCAUCUAGAACCACUUAUGAUGUUGAAUGACAUCCAGACAGUUCCCAAGCGACGAUCUGACGGCUGGGUCCGGCGAAGUGAUUGGCCCAGAGAAGCCAAGGCACAGGGAGAUGGGAGGAAGUGUGAUAGUAUUGGAAAUCCAACGAAGCCGUCUCCCCGCCGAAUCAACGAGAUGCGAGUCGGCGGCACAGCGAGAGAGACAAAACGCGACACAAUUGAGCUUUUAAUUGAGGAUGUACAAGCAAACAAUCGGCUCUCAUCAGACACCACCAACAAUGUUCGCAACACAGUCGCCCCCAGGUCGUUUUCAUGGUUGUUGAAGCCUACAGACCCACCACGCAGCACGAGUGUGCCACAAAUGUCUACGUCUAGAAAUGAAUGGCUGAGUGUAUGUGCAUCGCCAUACACGAACCCUAGAACCCCACCCGUCGCACCUUUUAGAAUCCGACGAAGUGGCACACAUGGUUCUACACAGAUAGGCAGUCUCAAAGAUAAGAUCCAGCGCCUAGCAAUCGAACAACGUGCUGAGAAGCAGGCGGGAAAUGCAAAGGUGGCUAAAACGCGGAGCAGUAUGCCAAACAUGAGUAUCGGAAAGGAUGCUAGAACGGAGAUACAAAAGAAGACACUCAAAAAGCGAGGUAGUCCAACCCACAGCAAAACAGCAACAUGCGCCCCCUGUCAUAAUAGUAGAGUAGAAGACAUGUAUCCCCCACCACGUCGCCACAAUAUAACGCCCAUCACAAUCACGCGACUCAACAACCCAGAGGAAACGCGCAAAGCAAUACGGGAGCAGCACGCCGCCACUUAUCCUGUAUUGUCCCGACCCGACAAGCAGAAAGAUGGCGCGCUGAAGCGACGCACAAGCAUCGCAUGCAUGGAGACAGGCAUAUACUCAAAAUUCAAGGCGGGCAUCGAUGAUGUGUUUUUGCAUGUGAGGCCGAAGGCGCGAGAGAAGAAGAAAAUGGAGGUGAGGAAGGAGAGGAUACUGAAGAAGAUGGAGGAGCUGAAGCAUGAUGGGUAUGGUGUUGAAUAA